CAAAAAUUUCGCAAUUCGUUUAGGAAAUCGCGUAUCGGAGAUGGAGCUUCAGAUCCAGAUUCCGAUUGGACACGCUCAAAUCAGCGCUGGAUGAAACUCCGCACCACCGUACAAAUCUCAUCGGCCAUACAGAAGAAACCACCGCUCAAGCGCGAAGACUCAUUCCUGAAGCGUUUCUCAACUAGACAGAUACCCGAAACACAGGAAACUGUUGAAGACACGGGUUCAGAAAGUGCCUCUGGUGACGUCGACAAAACGGUGAAGCGUCGACGACGUUAUCUGCAGAAACGACGCUCCGUUGUUAAUCCAGAUGAAAAUUUUUACUUCUAUUGGUUAAUGAUGUUAACAAUAUGUGUUCUCUAUAAUCUAUGGACCCUAAUUGUGAGGCAGAGCUUUCCUGAACUGCAGGUAAGUCAGUGA